AGCAAUACUUUUGUACUUGAUUGUACAUUUUGUUUAUGAUUGUUCUACAACUGCCUUUGAAACUGGCAUCUUUUACAUGUUUUUAGCAGGAAUUUAAUGGAAUUGAACAAUUAUUUCAUGGCACUAACUGUUAUAUGAUGUGAAACUGUAAUUUUUAGAUGAAAUAUAUAUAGUUUUUUAACGCUUCACACUUAUAGAUCGAAAUGGGUGAUGAGAAUCCUCCAACUCCGAGCACAAGCAGUGCUGCAAGAAAGAAGGAGGAAAAAGCUAGGAAGAAGGACCAGAGGUCCUGGGAAAAUGUAAUGAAAAGUAUGGGCGACAUGCCUGAAGCGGAGAGAAUAGGUGUUAUUCAACAAAGGUACACUUCGCUUUAUAAUGAUUUAAGACAUACGGCUGUUAACUAUCAGAGCUUGGAGAAGAAGUUCAUUACUCUGCAAAAGGAGCGUGAUCAAGCUCGAACUGAGCUUAACAAGAAUAUUUUGGCUAAGGCCAAACUGGAAAGCCUUUGCCGUGAAUUGCAAAAGCAGAAUAAAGCAAUUAAAGACGAGAAUAUAACUCGUGUAAAAGAAGAAGAAGAGAAGCGCCGUGAAGUUGCUACAAACUUCACAGAACGGUUGAACUCCCUGAGUUCGAUGAUGGAUGAAAACAAAGAUAAAAGUGUCAGAUUGAGGGAAGAAAACAUGAACAUGACACUCAAACUGACAGAACUUUAUAAUAAGUUUCAGGAACGUGAAAGUCAUUUGGCUGACGUGAACCGUCAGUUGGAUGCACAAAAAGAAUUAUUUGAAUUUAAAAUUAAAAAAAUGGAGUUGGAAUACAAGGCAGACCGUAAGGCUUGGGAGGAAGAGAGUAAAGCUUUGUUGUCUAAUCUGUUAAAAAGCAACGAAACUAACCGCCUUUUAGAAGAGAACAUUAAAAGCAUGCAAGCAAAUUUAGACGUUUAUAAAAAUCAGUAUAGCGACUUUGAGCAAACUAUGUCAAGGAGUAAUGAAGUUUUUAAAACGUUUCACGGUGAAAUUAACAAAUUACAAAAAUCUAAUACAACUCUGGAAAAAGAACGGGGCGAAUACAUAGCAAAGUGGCAAUCCUGCCAUAAUUCCGUUGUAGAAAUAUCCGAAAAGAACCAACAGCUGGCGAAGAAGUUAGAAAUGAGUGAAAAGAAAGUUGCGACUCUUGAAAAACUUUGCCGGCAAUUACAAGCCGAGAGAACUAAUUUGCACAAACAACUACAGGAUAAAAUUGAAUCGAUUGACACUUCUCAAAAAAUCGAGGAGAAAAAUAUUACUAAUGCUGAUUCUUCUAGAUCAGCUCUACAAGAAUCUGCACCAAAAAAAGUUCAAAGUAAAGAUAAACCAAAAGAAUCAUUAAAUGGAGAUGUGAAAUCAACAAAUCGGCUCAGGGGCGAAGAGUAUGAUGAGAAUGAGGAGCUCAUCUCUAUGCCCUCAGACGAUGAAGCUUACCAACAAGAGGCAUGGCAGGAACAAAUAAUACAACUCCUCGAUCCGUGCGCAGUAGAUCCUGAACUACUUACCGCGGAGAAUAACGAUCCGCAUGUAAUGGACUUCUCAGAUGUAGAAAUGGACGCAGCAGGUGAUGGGACAAUACCGCAGCUGGAAGCUCACUACAGUGUACCUAUCGCCGACACUGAUAGCGAUACUUCGGGUGAAAAUCUGGACGACACCGUUAUCAACCUGGAACAGCCGUCAUCCAGCAGCGAGAUCUUGGUAAAGGAAGUUAGGAGCGUUCCUAUUACUAAAAAAGACCACGAGGCGAUCGAUGAAAACAAUUUUGAAGAGCUGCAAUCUUCUACUGGAGACUUGCAUGGAGAUCUCAGUAUGGAAACUCUUCCCUUGUAUAAGCCAAUAGCUGUCACCGACGUUCCGACUCAGGGGGGUCAUGUUACACUUGUCAAGGAGUCGGAGGCUCGCACUAACAUUCUGGAUCCGACUACUGAAGAGGAAUCGGAGGAACAGAGUGUUCCAUCCGAAGACACCGAGUCCUCGGCUACAAUCCACUUAAAGGAAUCUGAGGGAAAGACUGAAUUUAGCCAGGAGUAGUUCAGAACUUUGUGUUCAUUUUCUUUAAAUUCAAAUUGUUUAAAGUUGUAGUUCAGAUUUUGUUCAAUUGUAUGUUAAGUUUUCCAAUAGUAUAAGCAUACACAGUUAUUCCUCAUUUCAUUUAAUAUUUUUUAAACUCGAAAUUAUCCGAGUAAUAAGAGUUCAUAAAGGAUGUAGAGUCCAGCAGGUUUUCGUAGACAAUCCUUCACCUUUCAGAAAAAAAUUUUAAGUUAUGCUCUCUCAUUGUACGAGUUUCAGCGAUGUGGAGGAAUAUAUUAAAAAAAAAUGUAAGUAUGUAUACGAUGUAAUAUACCUGUGCAACUUAAAAACAAAAAUAUUUGAGGUGAUUCCUCGAAUAAAUUUGAGAAGAUAAGUUCAUAUAAACCCACGUCCUAAACUGUUUAACUCUCAAGAUUCAGAGUUAAAUUUGUAACGUUAGUCGCUAGGCUCUCACAAUUACGCACUAUUAUUACAUGUCUUUAAUUUUAGUAUUUUAAACGUGCAGUUACUAUUGGAACCAAAUCCUCUUAGUGUAAGUAUUCUGAUGUUCUCUGAAAGUUUAUAAUAAAAAUGUGUUUAACACUA